AUGGCUGGCUCUUAUUUAGCUAAAAACACGAAUUGGACAAGAAAUUUUCUAAGAGAAAGUGUGCAGGAUUUUGCAGGUUUUGCCAAUUAUGAGUUCCGGUUACCGAACAGUCAUCAUGGAACUGACAAUGGAGCCAUUCAUGCAUAUCUUGCUGAAGUCAUCUUACCCAACACCGGCGUCGAUUUCAUGAUUUGCCUCGAGAUCUAUAAAAAUUCGAAAGGAUUUCAAGAUCUAUUCUUGUACGAAGCGUGUAUGAGAGACUUGUUGGAGAGAGCUAUCAGUUUCGACCGGAUAAAAAUUCCUGCCCAAGUGGAAUACAAGGAAAAGGAUACUGAAGCGUUGUCGCUCGUUGGAUAA